UGAGUGGAAAUUCUAAGUUAAACAAUUAGAAUUUGUACUUAAUAAGUUAUAAAAUAUGACAUUAUUACCGUUAAUAAUGUAAUCAUAUUUGAGUGAUUUCUCAGGAUAUUAUUGUAAAUCGUCUACUCUGGACUGAAUUUUUUGAUGUCUAAUUUCAAGUCUGAUUUAUUAUAUUGUUUACAUUAUAUUAUUAUUGUAUUACAUUAUUACAUUACAUACAUUUCAUUUUCAAAUUUUCAAUCAGAGCUUGUUUACUGAAAUGUUUAAAAUAUCCAAAAUGCUUUCUGUAUAUUUUUAGUAUCUAAUAUGACAACAAAAACAUAAAAUGCCUCAUUUUUAUAUGAAAACAUUACAUGAUGGAAAAACAUGUAAUAUAUGAUUUCUUGCAUUUAUGUCAGUAAACUACAGAAGAAGUUUCAAAUCUCUAAAUUUAAGAUUUUUUUCCUGUUCACCAGUAGUGCCUCACCAUUUAAGAGUUGACUAUCAGAGGAAUUGCAAUGCAAUGAGAGCCAGUAGAGGGCAGUGUCAGUCUAAUUUCCUUGCUCCUGUGUAACUCCAAGGUCUUAUAUGAAAAUGUAGCUCUAACUCCAGUGUCUUUUCUUAAUACACAGGACACAUCUGCAUCACUUAUGGUUUGUCUACACUACACUUUAAUAUUGGUCAUCUGUCCAAGUGCUCAUUUGUGCAGUCUGCUGUAAAUGUUUGACCCAAAGAACACUUGUAAUACAAUAUCCCUGGCAUUAAGGAAAUGCCCUCAAUGCCCUCACUGCAUUACACAUUGUAACCAUGACGUUUCAAACAAACAAUGAGGUGCUUAAUGGGUUUGGGUUUACCUUUACCAAUUCAAAUAUAACCUAAAAUAGGAUAACUGGUCAGGGCACAUGUUGUAAUCUGAGAGGACAAGAGGGGCAGUUACUGUUUCCAUAAAGACCUUCUAUGACAAAGGUAGGUAAGACCCUUAUGUAAUUUUAAACUGUUCAUUAUAUGCAGGUUAUCCUAUCCGCAAUAGUCUCUACCAUAACUGUCUGAAGUGAACAGAGAGAUGCCGCAUCCUUUAAAUUACUGCUGCGUUGAAUAUUUUAAUGUAUUCAUUCUGCACAGACAGGACAUUAUCGAACGCACUGCACACUUUAACUUUGUAUUUAAACACUGAUGAGUGUUGCAAAAAAGACCACAGUCUGUGUGUUUCUACAUUAAUUCACUUUAAUUGGAAGCUAGUGGUCCCUGCACUUUUGACUCUUAAUCCUCUCAGUCUCUGUGUUGACUGCAAAGUGCAUCUGACCCACACUGUCUCACUGUGUUUUACCCAUAGACUGUGUUACAGCCUUCGCCUGGAGACGCGUGAGGCAGAGCACCUAAUUGCCCCAGGUGGAGCCCAAUUACCCAGCGCAGCCUGGAGCUCUCACCCACUCAGAACCCAGCCGCGGAUCACAUGUCAGACAUGGCUGACGCUGAGCAUCUUAUUUACCUUUGUCACGCUCAGGUUCAGUUGGACUCAAACAGGUCAGCUCAUCAUAACCGGACAGAAUGUUAAAUAUAAAAUACCAACAUGUGGACCACAGGGAAUAAUUAACUUUGUUUGAGUAUUUUAUGUUUCCCAUCAUGGACGACCAAGACGAGUCAAGCGUCACUGUGAAAGGUGUCUCUGAGAAUGAGGAGGGCUCCAUUUCUCUUCAGGAUCUGAAUGAGAAAGACAAAGAACCACUGUGCUGUGAGCCACCACCUUCUUUAUCUGAGCCUUCCAUCGCCUCUGCUUUAUCAGAUGACACCUUCAUGAUGGCAGCAUCCAUAUUCCAGCACCUGCGAGAAGACAAGCCAACCACACAACAACUUCUACUUUAUGGAAAAAAGACAGACACUCCUCUGCCGUCAAACACAGACAAGACCACAGAGAUGCAGGCCUACCAGCUGGCCUUCAGCACACUCAAAUAUCAAGAUUUGCUGGAGUAUAUGAUAACUGACAGCUGCUUCCACACCUCUCAGAAUAUUUCUGGUGACUUGCUCUCUCUGGCCAUGGUAAUGCUAUGUGACUUCCAGGAACGAAAGUUUUUUCUACACAGUUUCUCAGUCAAAGAUGAAGAAAAAGGAGAAUGCCAUCAGGAUGUCAAGGAUCUUCGUAGCAGUUUGGAAAGGUGUAAGACAAAACUUGCAGCCUCUUUGGCACGAUUCCGGGUCAAACAGAGUCUACGAAGCGUCUCAUCCUUCCUACUUGAUCCAGUUCGGACAAAGCAACACCAAGCUAAAUCACUCCCCCUUUAUGCAUGGGUUAAUACACUCAUGUACAGCGCUGAAGAAGUUUGUGAAGCCUUGCAAAGUGCUGGCUUCCGUGAAGUGAAGAGAAUGACUGAGCUGAAGGAGCUGUCCUUCUGUAGAGACCCCCUCUGCUCGGACACUCUGGUCUUUUCAAAGCAGCUUCAUGUUUGGCUCCAGACUAGCAGCCUCACUACAGCGCGGAUUAUGAACAUACAGGAAAGGAGUUUGUGUGUAGCUGUGAACGUGUUGCGCCCCCUGCUUUUUGAUGGCGGUGACGUGCUGGUGGCGGGGUCGUUCUCCGCGGUGACAGUGGCUCAUGUGGCAGUCGCCACCGCAGCCCGGUCAGGACAGGUGUUAAUCUGCAGCGCCGACCACACACCAUCACAGACAGAAGAGAUGAAAGAGCUACUCACACAAAUGAACCUGGAAAAUGUGAGAAUACUUUCAGAAUCCUUCUUUGAGCUGAACGAAUGGGAAAACACCGUGCAACAUUUAAAGGUCAUCCUUGUACUACCUCAGUGCUCGUCCUCUGCCCUUAAUGAUCCAGUGCCCAUCAUGCAUAGCGAAAAUGGAGACUGGGAACUUCUUACAGACCUGUCGCAUGGAUUAGUGUCAAAAUCUAAAAUCAGCUCUCUGAUUAGUCAACAAGCAUUACUGCUGGGGCAUGCUUUAUCAUUCCCCAAGGUCCAGACUGUGGUCUAUUGCACACGCUCAGAGUACCCUGAGGAAAACGCACAGCUGGUGAAGAGAGUUUUAGAGAAAACCUGCACUCAUCCCAAACUGCUGCCCUUUAGGGUGAAUGGACCUAUUUUCCCAGACGAUUCCCAGUCAGAAGACAGUGCUGAGUCCAAGUAUUUCAGCCUUCAACCCUCCGAGUUCACUAACGGCUGUUUCAUAGCCAGACUCUCCCGACAGGCUGAUCCCACUAAAGUAGAAACAGUCCAGGACGUAUUGGCAAGGGCAGCAGCGAAAGGUCUCUUGGGUGGAAUACUCCCAGAGCAAUCAAAACCCAGCAAAAAGGCAAAAGGGAAGAAAAAUCAACAAGCCGGGAGCCAUAGCGAGCAGGAAGCAGAAGAUGAAGAUGGCCAAGCUGAGGAAGAUGAGGAGGAGAAGAAUGAGAAAGGUGGCAAGGCUGGUAAGAAAAAGAAGGGUGGGAAAAGACACAAAGGAAAAGCUAACUCCAAGCAAACCAAAAGUCAAUCGAAAGGCGCCAAGAAGAAAGUGAAGAAGAAGAAAGUGAACCAGGGCAAAAAAAAACCUCGGCGAAUACCGCGUCUUACUCUUUCGCUGAUGUCCUCUGCUAAAGCCUCCGCUCGCCUGUCUCUCAUUACCCCCCUCGUGAAGAAGCUCAAAGACAAUACAGCCCUGAUUAUGACGUCUUCGGAGACCUCCUCUGGAUCGUCCACACCUGCCAGAACACAGCCAGAGUCUGCCGGCCCUGCUCCAAGAACUGAAGCAGGGCAGAAACAGCUGCAUAAAAGUGGUGUUGACGAAGAGAAAGAAGAAGGUGAAGUCAAAGUUAUGCCUCGUGUUGGCAACAAAGUGGUCAAAUCUAUCAACUCUGGGCCUCCUCAUGAGUCUCUCUCUUCAAGCAGUGCUACAAGCAUCAAGAGUGAUACCUCUGUUUCUGCUCAAGAAAGCUAAAGCGCCAUACUGCAAAUUAAGAUUGUCAUGGUUGUCAUGGUGAUGGGUUGAUGUCUUUGAGAAUGACCUCCAAUGGCCCGUCGUAACACCAGAGAAUGAUGAGGCACAAAAUCGUCAGCGCUGGAGGAAACUGUUCACCUGAUUGGCUCUACACAUGGCGGCGACCCACCACCUCCUCACAAGAGCUACGACUGACUGAUGAUUAUUUUUACUUUUACUUUUUUACCUUCUGCAUAUAGCCCUAGAUAACAUGGGAGAAAUCAAACUACCUACUGUAAAUGUGGAGAGAUUACAGUUCUUCUUAUUAUUAUUAUCCAUAAAAAAUGAAAUACACAAAAGAAUGACUAAAAGCUGUGGACAGUAUUUGGCAUUUACUUAUGUAUUACAAAUAUUGUCAAAGAUGCAGAUAAAAUGCAUUUGACGUGUGCAAACUAGAGUUCUUGUUGCGAUUGUUUUCUGGUCUAGACCAGUUCCCAACCCCCAGUUUGGGUCUCCAAAGAUUCCAAGGGGGUCUCCAGGGGUUUAUAGAAGAGGUCUAAACAAGAUAAUUAAUUAAAUACUGUAUCUUUAUUAACAAUAAAAAUAAUUAUAUUUUCCUUAUAAGGCAGUAGCUUAUCAAUUAGGACAGGGGUGUCAAACUCAAAUCACAGAGGGCCAAAAUUAAAAACUGGGACUAAGUUGUGGGCUAAACUAAAUAUUUAUUGAAAAAUCUGCAUGUUUUCUCUUCUUUUGAGAUAAUGUUUUUGAGAUAACAUUUCUUAUUAAAAUAAUAGUUUUGCUUAAACACUGAGUCCAGAACAAGAAAAUUUUAAAUACAUAAUGUCUCUAUAGCCUAUCUGUAGCCGGCGGGCCAGCUCUAAUACAUAUUUGAUAUGAUCUUGAGUCUGACAUGUCUGAGGUAGGAGAAUGAUGUGGGGUCAUGAACAUAUCUAUGGAUAAGAAGGUUGAGAAACACUGGUCUAAAUGAAUUCCCCACUGAAGUGACAGUUUAAGCAGUGUUAUAAUUAUUUUUGAUGAAGCAGAUGCCUUUAGUUUUAACAGAAUCUUGCUAAAUAUCCAAUCAGCACACCAAAAAGAACAAAACAUCAAAUGUCACCAUAGAAGUGAAUUACGACCCUCACACGUUGUUGCUUUUAAUGUUGUUUAUUCUCACAGUUGGUUACAUUGAUAAAGUGUACAAACCAGUGAGCAGGUGUAUAUCUCUAUUAUGUGAAUUAUGCAUGUCAAGUUCAGCAAAACACCAGAUUUCCACAGCUGUUAUUGCGACGCCACUCAGAGCAGCUGUGGACUCCUACUUCAAAGUGCACUGUACAAAUGGAGAAAUUUUGUUUUUCUGUUGACUGUUGAAAGUUUGUGGGUUAACCAAAACUGAGACAAUGUUACACGAGACUUGACUUGUCCCAACUAACCAGUAUACUAUAUAUCUUUAUAAAAUAUAAUAAAUAAAAAUAAAAAAUAUUUCUGUUCAGUAAAGUUUGCGUAACUAUCCAUGGGCAUGCAAGGCUCUUUAGGACUUCUUUUUUGCUAAGUCAAAAUAAUGCAUAGAUAUUUGCUUAGUUACACUCAGCAUAACUGACAACUGGGAACAUUUCCAACUGCCAAUACGUUCAGCUAUGUGAUCUGGGAUUUUCUUAUCUACACGUCAAUAUUUUACACUUUGGCCAUUUGGUGAAUCCUCAAAAAAGGCAUCUCAUUACAUGAAAAUAGAAAAAAGACAUUCAGAAAUAAAAAUAGCUUAUAACAAAAAUGAAAGCCUAAAAGUUACAUUAAAAUGAUAUUAUAUACAGA